AUGUUAGCAAUUGGAGACGUUAUUUUAAGAGCUUUUAAUUUUAUCUUUUUAGCAAUUGCUUUAGGUUUAACUGGUUCAUUAGCAGCAACAACAAGAUAUCAACAUAAUCCACAAGUUAAUUUUGCUGUUUUCGCAUCAGCAUUUGGUUUAUUAACUUCAUCAUUAUAUGGAAUAUUUGCAUAUUUUAUUAGUGCUUUCGCAUGGCCAGUUAUAUUAUUUAUUUUUGAUUUCUUAAAUUUUGUUUUCACUUUUGCUGCUGCUACUGCUAUUGCUGCUGGUAUUAGAGUUCAUUCAUGUGGUAAUGAAGAUUAUUUAAAUGAUAACAAUAUUACUCAAGGUUCAAGUGGUAGAUGUAGAAAAGCUCAAGCUUCUGUUGCUUUCUUAUAUUUUUCAACUUUUAUUUUCAUUGCAAGUGGUAUUUUUAGUUUAAUUGGUUUAUUUAAAGGUGGAUUAUUUGGUUCUUCAUCAAGAUCAACUCCAAGAACUGGUGUUCCAACUAUGUCACAAGUAUAA